AUGCAAAAUGAGACGACCAAAGACCUACGCGACACCAUCGCCAUGCAAAAGGAAGCGACUCAAGACUUUCGCGAUGUCAUCAAGGAUCUUCGGGAGCGCAAUGGCGACCUUCAAGAGCGCAACAGCGACCUCUCUGCCAGGAACGCGGCCCACGUCGAUCAGCACAACAAGCUCCAAGAGACCAAGAUUGAGCUGGCAGAGCUUCGGGACGAUCAUGUUGAGCUAAUUGACAACAACAAGCGCGAAGAGGAGCGCGUCGAUGAGCUGAACGCUAAGGUCAAGGAACAAGACGAGACUAUCCAGGACCUUCAACAGCAAAUCUCAAGCUCUAAUAUCAACGAGACCAAGCAAGCUCUCUAUGUGGCCCAGCUCACUCGUAUCAUCAAGAGGAAUCUCAUUGCGUUCCAGAAGCUGAAGGAAGAGUAUGAAGAGCUUCAGGUCACCUACACGACCAAGACGGCCGAGCAUAGCGCUGAUAUGAACGACCUCUCUGCAUCGUAUGAGGCCAAGGAAGCAGAGCUGCAAGAGCUGAAGGAUGAGCUGCAAGAGCUUCGCGACUACUACAAGGACCACGAAGAGCUUGUGAAAGAGCUGACGGUUAAGGCCAAGGAGCAAGACAAGACUAUCAAGGAGCUGAACACCAAGGUCAAGCAGCGUGAUGAGGCUCUUGAGCAGUUGCAGCAGCAAGUACAGGAAAAGGACAACUCCAUCCAGCACUUGCAGGGAGAAGUCAUCGCCUUAAGGCCCCAGACUUACUACUCGUACAACUUGGACGCCGAUUAUUGCUACUCUGAUGAUUCUGAGGAAUCUUAUCAAUCAUGA